GCGGAAAAUUUCUUUUUCAUCAACAUAACAAAUCGUGGUCCAUAUUCCACCAGAGAAUCUUUAACAUGUCAUGUCCACCAUCCACAUGCAGCUAGCCAUACUACCUAACUAAACUCCAGAAUGUUUUCAGAAUGCAUAGAGUUUUCAUUCUACUUUUUUUUUAAAUAAAAAUAUAAAUAGAGCAAUGGAGAUGAGUUAGGAAAAAGCAAGGAACUUCAGAGUAUAAUCAGUGAAAUGAUCCAAGGAGUGUUUGGUUUGCCCAUAACGCCGCACAGCCUGUAACUAUCAAAUACAUAUAAAUCAGUGAUAAGCCGACAGAGUUAAGAGAAAACUCCAAGCAGCCCCCAUGUGACUUUCUGCCUUUUUUUAACGCAUCUUUGCUCCUCGCUUCCCCCCAGCUCUACUUAUCUGAAACUUGUAUUCUCAUAUCCCCAAGAAAGAACUAUUCCCACUUCUUGAGAAGAACUUUGUAUUUUUGGCACUAAAUAUAAAGAAGAAGAACUAUUCCCACUUCUUAUACUUUUAUUUAAGAGUUUUCACCAUGUGGGAAUCAGAGACUGAGUCUGUCAGUGGGCAAGACUACGCCGCCGCAAAUGGAGUCCUCACCACCACCAAACCCGGUGUCAAGACUGAUGGUUUUGAGCAAAGAGGGCAAUCUUGGUAUGUUGCAACUGAUGUCCCAAGUGACCUUUUAGUUCAAAUUGGAGAUGCCAGUUUCCAUUUACACAAGUAUCCUCUGCUUUCCAGGAGCGGAAAGAUGAACCGGCUUAUUUAUGAAUCAAGGGAUACAGAUUUGAGCAAGAUAACCCUAGACGAGCUUCCAGGCGGACCAGAAUCCUUCGAGCUAGCGGCGAAGUUCUGCUAUGGAAUAGCGGUUGACCUAACGGCAACUAACAUCUCCGGCUUAAGAUGCACGGCGGAGUAUCUCGAAAUGACGGAGGAUUUGGAGGAAGGGAACUUGAUAUUCAAGACCGAAGCAUUUCUCAGCUACGUGGUGUUAUCCUCCUGGAGAGACUCCAUAGUCGUGCUGAAAAGCUGCGAGAAGCUAUCGCCGUGGGCGGAGAAUCUCCAAAUCGUCCGGAGAUGCAGCGAGUCCAUAGCGUGGAAAGCCAGCGCGAAUCCGAAAGGGAUAAGGUGGCAGUACACGGGAAAGCUUCCAGUAGCUUCGAGCCCCAAAUGGAACGAAAUGAAGGAAUCGAGCCCUAACAGAUCCAAUCCAGUCCCGCCCGAUUGGUGGUUCGAGGACGUCUCGAUCCUCCGGAUCGACCAUUUCGUCAGAGUGGUAACCGCAAUCAAAGUGAAAGGGAUGCGGCACGAACUGAUCGGCGCAUCGAUCAUCCACUACGCAUCCAAAUGGCUCCCCGGAUUAAUCAAGGAGGGCACCCCGUCCGGAUCCGUCGACGAAGGCAGCAACAGCAGCGGCAGCUGGAAAGGCGGCGGACUCUACAUGGUCGUGGCCGGAACCAGAGACGACACGCCGACGAUCCACGCGAAAGACCAGAGAAUGAUCAUCGAGAGCCUGAUCAGCAUCAUCCCGCCGCAGAAGGACAGCGUGACCUGCAGCUUUCUCCUCCGGCUGCUGAGAAUGGCGAGCAUGCUGAAAGUGGCCCCGGCAUUGGUGACGGAACUGGAGAAAAGGGUGGGGAUGCAGUUCGAGCAGGCCACGCUUGCCGACCUUCUCAUACCUUCAUACAACAAGACGGAGACUCUGUACGACGUCGACCUGGUUCAGAGGCUUUUGGAGCAUUUUCUCGUUCAGGAGCAGACUGAGAGCUGCAGCCCGACCAGAGGUUCAUUUUCCGAUAAGCAUAUGCAUCACGACGGGAAUCAGAGGGGAAGCAAUUUGAACGCGAAGAUGAGGGUGGCUAAGCUUGUGGACAGUUAUCUUACUGAAGUUUCGAGGGACAGAUCUUUAUCGUUGACAAAGUUUCAGGUUCUUGCUGAAGCUUUGCCAGAGUCAGCUAGAACCUGUGAUGAUGGCCUCUAUAGAGCCAUUGACUCCUAUCUUAAGGCACACCCGACGCUAUCAGAACACGAGAGAAAGAGACUGUGCCGUGUCAUGGAUUGCCAGAAACUGUCCAUUGACGCGUGCAUGCACGCGGCUCAAAACGAG